CCAUUACAAGUCAUUGGAGUGCAUGUCAGAUGAUGAUUGAACAAUGUUCUCUCAGUUCCAAAAGGAGCAAUCACAUUUCUAUUUGUGUCAAAAGCUUCUAAGUUGCACAUCAUUAAAGAUUUAUAAAAGUCUAAAACAUGUUAAUAUAUUAAUCAAAAGAACCUGGUUCAGAAAGUGUGGGAGUCCUUUUAUGCAAACAACAAGAAGACCAUCUCAUUUCUUUCAUUUGGACUGCACCCAUAUUUAUUCAAGAAAUUAUGGGAAAGGGUCUUAAUUUCUACUCUGAUGCUCGCAAGACAAAAAGAGAUCUUCUUCACAAGGAUCACAGUCACAGCAACAAUGUCAAGUUCCGGCCCGAUGCUCCUCCUGGACUUGCUAUUACAUCUUCGAUGAAAAAUGGAGUUUACUUGUCUACUAUCAGCACACAGCUUAAGAACAGGAACUUAACUGCUGAUAUUAAUGUUAAACUGGGCAGGCAUCCAAACGUUUUCGUCAACUUAGUUCAUGAUCAACGUCACCUUCUUCCUGGGUUAAAGGCUAUUGGUAACUUCAAUAUUCUCAAGCCGAAAUCUCAAACAAUCGGACUUCGUUACCUAUAUGACUGUGCUGAUAUCAGUAUGAACAUUACUGGAUUGACUAGAACCCCCAUUCUCAACUUCUCAUGCUUGCUCGGCCAUAAUAUGGCAUCACUAGGGACCGAUGUCUCAUUUGACACAAAAACAGGAAAAUUCCCCAGAUGCAGUGCUAAGAUUAGCUUUGGCUAUGCAGGCCUAAUUGCUUCUUUAACCCUUAAUGAUAAAAGGAAGACUCUGAAUGCCUUUUACUACCACAAGGUGCGUGGCAAGCUCUCAAAGAACACAAACAUCAUUCAACGUGCAUUGACAUCUGUAUCCAUAACAGCAGUUGGCGCUGAAGCAACUCACAACUUAUCAACAAAAGAGAAUACCAUCACUAUUGGCACUCAGUUCGCUCUGAGUCGUUCAACCACACUGAAAGCGCGUAUAAACAACAUUGGCACGACAAGUGUUGUUAUGGAAAGCAAGUGGAACGGGAAGUCUUUUGUUACUAUAUCAGGUGAAGUUGACAUCAAGGCUUUGGACAAGACCCCCAAGUUGGGAGUGGCCUUUUCUACCAGAUCAUAAGUGGCUGUUGAUGCACCUCAUUUUACUGUUAUAUUUUGAUAACUAAAGUAACAUAUUUAGCACUAGCACAAGGGCACCAUUGCCAAACAAUUGAAUAGUCAGAUUAUGUAGAAACUAGAGGCAGAAUAUCACCUCCAAAGAACUCUUGUCCAAACAAGAUGCUUUUCUAAAAUUUGUUAAAUUUUGUUCUUAGUUUGAAAUAUCUGUUAAGCAUAGCAUUACACUUAUGAAUGUUUUUAUCAAAAGAAUUCAUGGUUUACAUUUCUUUGAGCAUAC